AUGUGUCCCAGCACCAUCAAUCUACUGGUGUCCGUUGGUUUCGUCCUGGUCGGGUGGCCCGCCGUAGCACAGAUAACGCACCCACGUGUUUGUACCGACGAUGGUUGCCUGCUCGGGACGUCCAUGACCGACAUGAAGAAUCUCAAGUUCGAGGCGUUCGUAGGCAUUCCGUACGCCAAACCACCAGUGGGAAAGCUCCGCUUUAAGAAACCCGUACCAGUGGAACCGUGGACGCAGGACUACAAUGCCACCGAAAGCAAACCGGCGUGUAUGCAAAAGUCCUUUCUCCAACCCGGACAACCCAUUAUCGGUGAGGAGGACUGCUUGUUCCUGAACGUGUAUCGUCCGAAAUCGAUCGACACCGACGAGCAGCCGCUUCCAGUGAUGGUGUUCAUCCACGGUGGUGGUUACUUCUCCGGUUCUGCUGAUCCACAGUUGUAUGGACCGGAACGCAUCCUGGCCACUCGUCGAGUCAUCCUUGUGACGUUCCAGUACCGCCUGGGGGUGUUUGGAUUCCUUUCGACCGGAGAUUGCCACGCGAGCGGAAAUUACGGUAUGCUUGAUCAGGUGUUGGCCCUCCGGUGGGUUCAACGGCACAUUCAGGCAUUCGGUGGAAACCCCGCAGCCGUAACGCUGUUCGGUGAGAGUGCUGGUGGUGCAUCGGUGCAGCUGCACAUGAUGAGUCCGCUCAGCCGCGGGCUGUUCCAGCGAGCGAUCAUUAUGAGCGGUAGUGCAAUGGCCGUGUGGUCCAUGCCUAUUAAAGAUCCUCUGGCAUUGACACGCAAACAAGCCAAACUUGUCGGGAUCUCGGAAGCGGAUGAGCUGACAACUGCCGAGUUGGUGGAUGUACUGCAGUACCUUGAUGCGAAGGUCCUUGUCGCAAGUACGGCAUUCUUGCGGACCUGGUUCGAGCAUCCUAUCAUACUGUAUCGUCCCACGGUGCAGGGUCCCGAUGUGCCCAAGGACGAACGGUUUCUAUCCGACGAUCCCUGGAAGUUGUGGGAGGAAGGAGCCUACGUGGACGUGCCGCUUAUGAUCGGAGCGGUACCAAAUGAAGGAGCCGUUGUUUCGUUGGCCAUCUUGUACAACGAUACGGCAUUGAGUCAGUUCAACGAGAACCUUGCCGGGUUGCUCCCAACCGUGAUGGCCAUCAACGCGACUGAUGAGGUGUUAACAAAGCUUCAAGAGCGUUACUUCCCGGAAAACCAUACCAUGUGGAGCAUCAAUGAAAAGAACGCCGAUCAGUUCACGCAGAUGAUCACGGAUGCGUUUAUGUUGUACCCGAUGGCUUCGACGGUGCAACAGUACCUCAACAAGACCGCCGAUAGCUGUCACGAAACGGACUUUUACUCGUUUGAAUUUAACGGACAAUACUCGUUCUCCACGUUCUACGCCAAUUCGAACGUGAGCCAUGGCGUUUGCCACCAGGAUGAGCUGCUGUACCUGUUCCGGAUGGUUGAUCUAUUCCCGGAUUUUCCACCAAAUUCGACGGAAGAAAAAAUGGCCGAGAUAUGGACGGAUUACUUCGUCAAGUUCGCUACAGAACGUGACUCUGAGGCUCCAAAGCAACCAUGUGAAGGAAGAAUCAGAUCGGUAACGUUCGAAGAUGAAGCCCCAUUCCCCGAUGAAUCCACGCGAUCGAUAUCAAAGACCAUUAUCGAUAUUGGCUUGCAUUCGGGCUUUGAGGAGCUGCGCGAGUUCUGGAGUGACAUCUACCGCCCGCAACCAAACGAACCGUGGCAGGGUAACUACGACGCGUCGAAGCAGAAACCCGCCUGUAUGCAGCAGCUGGUACUCGUCCCAUCGGGGCCCGUUCACGGCUCUGAAGAUUGCCUGUACCUGAACGUUUUCACGCCAAUAUUGGCACCAGGAAACUCCGGCCCACUGCCCGUUAUGGUGUACAUUCACGGUGGUGCCUAUCAGUUUGGGUCCGCUCAAGUCGAGCAGCAUGAUCCGGCAAGGAUCAUGGCGUCUAGGCGAGUGAUCGUUGUGACGCUGCAAUACCGCUUGGGUGUCCUUGGAUUCCUGGCCACUGGCGAUCUAGCGGCACCAGGUAACGCCGGCAUGAAGGAUCAAUCACUGGCACUCCGGUGGGUGCAUCGUAACAUCCGCGCUUUCGGUGGUGAUCCUCGUCGAGUAACGAUCAUUGGCGAGAGUUCCGCUGGAGCGUCAGUACAGCUGCACAUGAUGAGUCCGCUUAGUCACGGACUAUUCCAGCGUGCCAUCAGCAUGAGCGGAAGUGCACUGGCCGUGUGGAGUGUCCCGAUAGAGGAUCCUCUUGCUCUGGCUCGCCGACAUGCACACAUCGUCGGUGUUCCCAAUGCCGAUCGGCUUUCGACGGUGGAUUUAAUCCGACAGCUACGUAACGUAGAUGCGCUCAAUCUAACCGCGGCAGGCUCACGUCUAAAGGUGUGGGACGUGCAUCCACUCACACUGUACCAUCCCGUUACCGAGCCGGAGGACGAACCGGAUCCAUUCCUCGCUGAAGACCCGCGAUCAGCGUGGCGUCGAGGAGCGGUCUCUGAUCACGUACCUUGGCUAACGGGAAGCAUUCCAAACGAUGGAUCAAUCGUAUCGCAAACGAUCUAUCGCGAUCCUGCGGUGAUCGCCGAUCUCGACACCAAGUUUGUCCAGCUUAUACCCGUCAUGUUACGGACGAACGUCACCAUGGACAAGCUGGAUCGAUUGCGAAGACGCUUCCUUAAGGGCACUCCAGCUGGGCGGUGGAUAACGAAGGACAAUUACGCCUCCAUCACUCGGAUGCUCUCGGAAGCAUGGUUCAAGUACCCGUUGGUAAAAAGCCUCAAACAAAGGCUAGCCCUACGCCGAUCCAUCGCCACGAGUGUUUACUCGUUCCAGUUCCAGGGUCGCUACUCGCUAUCGCAGCUUUUAACCGGACGCUCGUACGGGUUGAGUCACGCAGAUGACACACUCUACCUGUUCCGCAAAGGGGCACCAUUUCCCGAGUUGCCCACCGGUUCAGCGGAAGCGGAAAUGGCCCAGCUGUGGGUGAAGUUUCUCGUUGACUUUGCGGUGAAAGGAUACGUCGAAUGGGAAGGCACGUGUGACAGCGAACGGCUUUGCCAGUCGGUAACGUACGCCAACACCAACAACACGUACUUCCCGAUCGUCAGGACGCUUACACCUGGGUUGGAUGAAGAGCUGUACGGCUUUUGGAAACAGAUUUACGAGGAAACUGACUGA